CUAUUUGUAACGAUUGCCUUGGUCUACACAGUGCUGCUAGUGUUUUCCCGAGAAGUAGCUACGUGACAGAUUAAAGACUGACCGAUGUUUAGCAGAGGACUAAAAUGUGCGUUUAUAGGUUGUGAAUGGAGACAGACGCCGUGCCCUCCUCAGCCUGAGAGAUGUGCUGUCCGGCACGUUGAAGGAGUGAGAGCCCAGCUGACACCCUCCUCCUCCCCUCUCGCCCUCCAUCUACUCUGAUUUACUCUUCCUUUCAUCUCAUCUCUCAAUCCCCUUUGAAGCUCGGCAGAGCGACAGAGAGGGAAGCUCUGGACAUCGGGCUCUCCUCGCAUCCCCCUCGCAUCCUGUAACUUUAGGCGCUGAGGAGAGCGGCAGAGGUGCCGCGUUACAACCACUUGUGCCGGACGGCGAUAGCGGAGCAGAGCGGGGGGAGGGAACGUAAACAGAGCGGUCCCGACUCUGUGCGUUUCAGAUCGCUGGGGAAAGGCAGGAGAAGAAAAACAAAGGAACACCUAGAGCCGGCGUGAGGCUCGUCGCAUGGAGCCAGGAGAACAGGAGCUGUGCUGACCGCCUCCUCCCACGCAUCCUUCAGUUCCACAGCGUGUGAACUGCCCACAGAAAGGAGCCAUCCCAUCGGGCUCAACCCUGGUCCAGGACCUGCUGCUGAUUGUUUGGCCACUUCCUCGUUCUCGCUCUCUCUGUCGCGCGCGCUUGCGCUCAGCGUUAUCGAGGCUCCGCCGACGCGGCUGUGACGCUUUGCUCGGUUCCCAGUCUUCUCCGGUGAACCGGGCUAGAAGCGGCAGUAGAGAGAGCUUGACAGUCAGAGAUGGGAGUCCUUGUCUGCGGCGUGAUGGUUCUGGCUCUCGUCUGGCAAUGCCGUGGCCUGGACGGAGCCACAGAACCCUUGAACAGGUUUAAAAGGUUUCAGGAAAGUGCCUACUCAGCCCCAAACGACUGCAGCGCCCGGACGAGACAACCCAUGGUCCAGUCCAAGUCGGGGAACUUCUCCCUGGACAUCCGCAUGCCAGGGGUGACCCCUUUAACGUCGGACUCCUACUUGUGCAUUGCAGUUCCUGUCCCGACCACCAGAGAGGCCUAUAUUGUGGACUUUGAGCCUCAUGCCAGUAUGGAAACGGCCCACCACAUGCUGCUGUACGGCUGCCGAACGCCAGUCUCCACCACUACCUAUUGGGACUGUGGGAGCGUCAAAGGGACGUGUGAGGACGAAGCCUCUAUCAUGUAUGCCUGGGCCCGAAACGCCCCUCCCACAAAGUUACCUCCAGAUGUUGGUUUUAAAGUCGGAGGGAAAUCCAGGAUCACUUACUUUGUACUGCAGAUCCACUACGGGGAUGUCCGUGCUUUCAGAGAUCACCAUAGAGACUGCUCAGGACUUACUUUACAUAUGACUUCCAAACCACAACCCUUCUUAGCUGGCAUGUAUCUGAUGAUGUCAAUGACCACUGUCAUUCCCCCAGGAAAGAAAGUCACAAAUGCAGAUAUUGCGUGUACAUAUGACUCCUAUCCAAUAUACCCGUUUGCCUUCAGGACCCACACACACAAGCUUGGUCUAGUUGUCAGCGGUUACAGGAUUCGAGACGGGAAGUGGACCCUGAUUGGACGGCAGACUCCUCAAUUGCCACAGGCAUUCUACCCCGCCACCAAGGGGAUCGAUGUGAAGUAUGGAGACGCCCUCGCAGCUCGCUGUGUGUUUACCGGAGAGGGGAUGACCUCAAAGACCUACAUCGGGGGCACAUCCGACGAUGAGAUGUGCAACUUCUACAUCAUGUAUUACAUGGAGAGCCGGCAUGCCGCGCCCUUCCAGGAGUGCAUGCAGGACGGCUCCAAGGAGCUGUUCCGGAACAUCCCGCCAGAGGCCAACGUGCCCAUCACGGUUCCCCCAGACCUGAUGAUGAACCAUGUGAUGCACUCCGCGGGAGACACGCCAGAGCGUCAAGAUGACACAGUGCUGGUGCAGCCCAAGCGGGAGGACGAAGAAGUGCUCGAUCAGGGUGACUUCUUUUCCCUUCUGUCCAAACUCUUAGGCGAGAACGAGGGCGUAGUCCGUGUGCAUAAGUACACGCCCGAUGAGGUCCAGCGGGCGCAGGCCGAGCUGGUGGCUCAGAUUGAUAGCAUAAUGAGAAAGAAGGACCUGGGCUGGCCCAGUCUCAGGCUAGGCCUCCUGGACAAAGAGGACGUACUGGUGAGGGACAGAGUGCACAAGUUUCACCAGUUAGAGGCUACCCCCCGGCCCCCUGGGAGCAAGCUAAAGCCAGCUAGUGCCCCUGUGGAAGCUGACGAUGAUGAUGAAGAAGAAGGGUACAAUCUGGAGGAGGUGACGGAUUGGCCGGAGACCCCACUCCAGCUGGGCCAGGUGUCCGGCCUGGCACUCGACUCCAGCGACAACCUGGUCAUCUUCCACAGAGGAGACCACCGAUGGGGGGUCAACUCUUUUGACAACAACGCCAAGUACCAGCAGCAGUUGCUGGGUCCCAUCCAGCAGUCCACCAUCCUGGUUGUGGGUCCCACCAAAGGCAACGUGCUCAAGGCCUCAGGGCGAAACAUGUUUUACUUGCCUCAUGGAAUCACCACAGAUGAAGAGAAUAAUUACUGGGUUACAGAUGUGGCGCUUCAUCAGGUGUUCAAACUGAGCAGCGACGGCCGAAGCCAACCCCUGGUGGUGCUGGGAGAGGCUUUUGAACCGGGGAGUGACAAAGAGCACUUCUGCCAGCCCACCGACGUGGCUGUGGACUCUGUGACAGGGAACAUCUACGUGUCGGAUGGAUACUGCAACGCCAGGAUCCUCAAGUUCUCGCCCGAGGGGAAAUACCUGUCUCACUGGGGAGCAGGGUCGUCAGACAGAAGGAGACGUAUUCCGUUCCGGAUCCCACACAGCCUGGUAUUUCUACCGGACAAGCGGGAGUUGUGCGUGGCCGACCGGGAGAAUGGACGCAUCCAGUGCUUCGUCGGCGAAUCUGGCGAAUACGUCAAAGAGAUCAAGAAGCCGGAGUUUGGAGGGGAAGUGUUUGCCAUCUCCUAUUCUCCUGUACAAGGUGGUGUGAUUUAUGCCGUGAACGGUGAAUCUGCAUUCGGGCACUCAGCCCCUGUCAAAGGCUUUGUAAUCAAUUAUUCAACCAAGGAGAUCCUGGAUGCCUUCGGCCCUGAAAACAAACAGAGGUUUGGAAUGCCUCACGACAUCGUGGUCACAGAGGAUGGGCAUGUCUUUGUUGGCGAUGCAGCCUCCGACUCUGUACUGAAGUUCUCCUCUGACAAAGCUGAACACCGCUCUGUUAAAAAAGAUGGAAUUGAAGUACAAGAAAUUCAGGAAACGGAGACGAUUGUCCAGACGCGCAUGAAACCCGUGCACAAGAUCGAGGUUGCGGUGGCGCAGGCGCACAUCCCUGUGGCGACCCUGCCGAAAGACGUCAAGCCCGUCCAGGACCAGCCCCGGCGCCCGCCGGAGGACGGCACGGAGAAGGCUAAGACCCAGGCCGAGCCCGGCGCUCAGGGCGUGUCACCGGCAGUGAUAACCAUCCUGCUGCUCAUCCCCUUGGUGGUGGUCAUCUCCAUAGGGGUCUUCAUCCGCUACAGGAAGAGCAGGAUUUACGGAGAUGGAUGCGAGGUAAAACUGCAACCAAACUCGUCUGGAGGAAUCUUGGGGAAACUUAGAGGCAAAGCAGCUGGCGGUCUGAACCUGGGCAACUUCUUUGCCACCCACAAAGGCUACACCCGGCAAGGUUUUGACCGCCUCAGCACCGAGGGCAGCGACCAGGAGAAAGAUGACGAGAACGACACCGACUCGGAGAACGAGGAAUAUUCGGCUCCGCCUCCCCCCGUCUGCCCCUCUUCCUCCUCCUCCUAGGGCCACCAGUCCCCGGAGCCGUCCCGCCAAACGCCCUUGACACCCCCACAGUCAGGAUGUACUUAAAUUGUAUGUGUAACUAUGUUUGUGUUGGCUGCCGUUUGUUCUUAUUUAUUUGUGCGACAAACCUUCUCGAGACAGCGUGCGCGGCUGACACUCCCUUUAUUUAUGAGUUAACAGGUCCAGAGAUUUUAGGCCAGGGGAGCACUGACAGGUUGAAGAGCGAAGCUUUUUAGAGUAUACUUUUAAUGGGAGAAUGCAAAGGCUAGUUUUAUUUUUAUAAUCACUUAUGGACAUUAAUAUCUUCCAUUUACAGUACUCAUUCAACCAGAUUGCAUUGUUUUAAUAUUAUGUUUUCAGGUGUUUUUGGUCCAGAAACUUUUCUGUACAUUUGUGCCUUUUUAAUUAUGUGUUUUGCCUUUCUGCAGCACCUAGAUAAUUUACACACGUGCCACAUAAUGGAAAGAGCUGCUGCUACUGUCACCUGUACUUUGAUUUUAAUUGUAUCGCAUUAAAGUGAAAUGAUAAAAAAAUAUUAUCAUGUAUCUAAAAGCUGUAUUUCCUAAAUUUUAAAAUCAGAUGUGAGCUGUGUCUGAUAUUUAUUGUGACAUACUGAGGUUUUAUUGCAAGAAUACUAUUUUCAGUAACAAUGUUAUUUGUGUAAUAAAGUGUUUGCAAAGCA